CUUAUGAAUUGACAGAUUCACUGUCAGUUAGUUUGUUAUGCUUUCUACGUUUACCAAACCAAGUUUCUGUUCAUUUUUUAUCGAAUAAAAUUUUAUUUUGAUGUAGGACAGGAAAGAAAACGUGAAUAUAUAUUCUCCUUGUAAACAAAAUAAUAAUAAUAAUAAACUUAAAUAUAUAACAUCAACGAUUAUAAUAAUAGUAGUAUUUGUAGAAGACAUUAAAGAAACUUUAAAAUGGAUUAUAUCAUUACUGAAUUAUUUAUCAUUUUUAACAAAUGAUGCCUAAUAUUGAACAUUAUAAUGAAGAUGAAUGAAAAUGGAUCUUAUUUAUUAUAGUAAAAUUAAAUUAAUAUACAGUUUAAUAAUUUCAUAAUACUACUCAUCAUUUCUAAUCAUUAGUAGUAUAUGUUUUUCAUUAAAAUAAUUAAAUAUUUUGAUUAUUAUACAGAAUUAAAUUAUUCAUUAUACAUAAUAAUUUAAUAUAUGUACUUAAGACCAUUAGAUAUUUAUUUUAUUAUUAUUAUUAUUACAUACCGAAAUAUUCGAUUGUAUAAAUUAUCACAGACCAAAUUUUUAAACUCAAAUAUUUACGUAGUGGGUCAGCUGCCAGGCUUGCUGGUUGGGAACAAAUCAGUACGAGUGAAGAAGAUUUAGAAGAAGGUAAAAAAAAGAAAAAUAAUGAAGUUCAUCCAAAACAAAAGAUUUCAAUUAUUCAUAAUACAGAAUCAAAUGCUGAUACUAUUGAAGAAACAACACCUAUUAUAUUACAUAAAUGUAAAUCAAUUUGUAAAGCAAAAAUUAGUAAUAUUAAUGAAAUUAAUAUCAAAUCACUUAUUAAUCAAAAUGAAUUAUUACGUCAAGAUGAUGCAAAUUUAUUAAAAUUUGUAAAUAAAGAAGAAAUAAAUGAGAAAAAAUCAACAAGAUCAACAUGUAUACAUGAUCAUCAUGUGAAAUUUUCACGUUCACGUAUAAAAUUUUUUCCAUCACUUAUAACAUCAUCAACAUCACCAACAGUAUCAUCAUCUUCAGCAUCAUCAACAACAUUAAAAUUAAUAAUUUCAUCGAAAAAAUCGUCUUCAUUAAAUAAACUCAGUGAAUGUAUACCAUUGAAAAAUAUUUUUGAUUUACAAUCUUAUUCAUCUAUUCCAACAUUGAAAUCAACCAAUGGACCUAACACUGUUUCAUGUAAUAUUAAUUGUAACGUUAUUAAGACUACUAACACAAACAAUAAUCUAUCUAAUAGUACCUUGAUUUAUGAAGUGAAACCAUCAUCCUCUGUAGAAUAUUCUGAUCAUAUACUACGUGUUCCAGUACUUGGUAGUCGUCAGUCUGGUAAAACUACAUUAAUUAAACAAUUUAUUCAUUGUAUUGAUCCUGGAAAUCCUCUUCCUACUUGUAAACAUCCAGAAUAUUACGAUCCAAUGAUAUCAUUCAAUGAUCGUAUUUAUUAUGUACGUUUAAUAGAUUGUCCACCAAUUGAUAAAAAAUUUCCAACUAAUUCUAUUGAGGAAUGGGAGAAUUAUCGUGGUUGGGGUUUAAGAAAUGCUUCAGCAUUUAUUUUAGUUUUUGAUGUUAAUUCAGAAUCAUCAUUUCAACAUAUACGUCAUUUACGUGAUCAAAUUGUUAGUGAAUUUAAUGAUGUACCAUUAUUAUUAGUUGCAAAUAAAAUUGAUUUAUUACAACAAAUUACAAAUGGAUUUAAUUCAAAUAAUAUUAUACCAUCAUUUUAUUCAACAUCUUCUACAUCAUCUUCAGCAAUCACUAUGCCAAUACAAGGACAAUUACAAAUGGUUCAUUUAAAUAAUCCUAAUUAUCGAUUUAAUAUACGUCGUGAUAUAAAUAUGAUUAUUAAAAAACAAUGGAAACGUACUAUACUUGUUGAAUGUUCUGCUAAAUACAAUUGGCAUGUCAUGAAUGUUUUCAGAGAGUUAAUGCGUAUUUUAGAGAAUAGAGAACAGGCACAUAAGCCUACUGCAGCUAGAGCAGUACAAAAUGCAUUAAGAAAUAAUCAAUGUUCAAUAAUGUGAUUCUUGUGUUUUUUUUUCACUCCUUAUCCUUAAAUGUAUAAAUGAUAACAGAAAUAAGGCACAUAAAUAAAAAUAUACUUACUACAACAACGACAAUUAUGCUAAUGAUUUGAUUAUUUUUUGUAACACUGUUGAUGAUGAUGAUGAUGAUGAUGAUGAUGAUGAUGUAAUCAAUUAAAAACUCAUGUUCAUGUGAAAAGGCUAGUUCUAGAUAUUUUGAGUUAUUUUUCAGUUUUAUUUCUGCUUCUAUUUCUUUUGUUAAGUGUUUUUUUAAUUCUUCAACUUUUUCCCCCUACCUUCAUUCACUUAUGAUUAACUUUAUUGAAUUAGACAAGAUAUUCCAUGCAUUAUAAUGGAUGGAUUAUAGCAACUUAUUAUAUAUAUACAUAAGAUUUAUUCACUAUAAACUUAUCAAUUAAAGAAAAUGAAAUGGAACAAAAUAUUCUGAAAAAUAUUACUCACAUUAAUCCAGAGGGUAUCAUUAUACUCUGACGGACAAUGAAUGCAGGUGGUAAAGGCGGGAAGUCUCGUGCUAAGGUCAAAACCCGAUCAGCCCGUGCUGGUGUGCAGUUCCCAGUUGGUCGUGUCCAUUGCCUCCUUCGUAAGGGUGACUACACAGAACGUGUUGGAGCUGGCAGCUGUCCUCGAAUACAUAACGGCUGAAGUUUUCGAGUUGGUUGGCAAUGCUGCUCGUGACAGCGUGGUUGAGGAUUAUAUAAACAAGAAAUUUAUACUUGAUCGACAGGCUUUUUUCCGAUUAACAAAUGUAAAUAAAAGCAACAAUGAGCAACAAAUGUAACUAGAUAAUUUGACCUUAUCUAUUUUAUGAACCCUCUUUAGCUGUUUACAGCCUAAACACAACAGUUUUAUUUAUUUUAAAACAAAAUGAUGUGCAUGCC